AUGUGGUCUGGUACUCGGACCAGCAAAAACGACUUGAUGGCUCAUCCAGUAACGUUGUGGAGCCAGGGUCGUGGUGGACUCGACCAAUCUAUUCGUGCGCAAGCGCCACAAAGGUAUCGAUUAAGACUGCGUUUGAUCCACAACGCGUCCAACAGCAAUACUCUUGAAAACGUCAAAGCCCUAUCUAUCACCGGUAAGAACUAUCCCAAUGGAACGGCACUCCCACUUUGGGGCGUGGAAAACGCCAAUAUGAAACUCUUCGACCUCGCUCCUCCCUUCUACGGACUGAUUUCCCCGGACAGGGAGAUUAGUAUCAACCUGAAAACAAUUCGAUCCGACCACAUAUAUGUCCCGGCCUCAACCAGCACCGUCUUGGAGGCGGGAUUGAGCAGCAUGAUGGGGGGAACUGACUCAAACCCGGGCGUAAAGGGGCCAGCACAGCUUUGGAAUACUGUUUACGGGUCCAUCUCAGGGGAGUGUCGACUACGGUGCUGCCACCGAUUUGGCUCUUCUUCAGAAAUGGCUAGCUCUGUCCUCGAACACAACGGGGACAGCACAGAUUGUCGAAAGGUUGUUCAUCAAGUCCCCGAAGGCUCGAUCCCAACGGGUUCCGAAGUCCCCUCGAAUGGCGCACAGAAUAACUCGAGCUCGAAUGCGCUACUCAACUUCUCUACCAUUGCUCAGUUCCUCAUCCCUCGUCAAUCACUCUGUGGAAACCUCAUCUCACUGUCCCCGCCACAGUUGACCAAGAACACGCCUUCUACACUCGUCCUCUCAUACCCCAUUUGCCUGACCUCGUCCCAUUAUCCACGCAAUGAAUUCAUCUUCAACUUCGCCCUCGUCCUGGGUGAUCCUUCUACCAUCGAUGUCCCCUCCUACAAGUCGGUGGUCAAGAAGCUCGCCCACUUGAUGUGCAGUCUUGAAGAGCAAUCCCAUUUCCUGUCGGACGAUGACUCUCCUCCAAACACCGGGAAGAUCUACAGCCUGUGUGAGAUGUUGAUGGAAGACCUGAACAACUACUGUGAAUGCAUGAUUCCCAUCGACGAACUCAAUACUUUGAAUAUCAAAUUGUUCCCCACUCUGCCCAACCCGGCCAGCGUCAAGCCCUGGCAUGUGCCCCUCUUCACGGUCCGCAUCGAGACUAUGGUCGACGAGAAUUGGGACCUGACCAUGCUGCGCAUCAUUCCUUUCAUUAACGGGAUCAACAGUGUUAAGCGUAUUGCCAUGCUGGCGGAUGCUGAUCUGAAGCUUACCAAGAAAUGCAUUAAGCACUUCCUAUACUACGGCUGUGUUUUACUACUUGAUAUCUUCAGCUUCAACAACAUCUAUGCUGUCACCGCAGAAUUCGCCCACACGAUUGCCAAGGACACAGAGAUGCAGAGGGAGUGCGCGAGGUAUGUGAACAUGGCAUUCGCGCCAGGUGGAGAAGACGAAGCCAUCGUCGACGGCAGUGCGUCUGAACGGAGGAUAAGCGGCUUGACUUCCACCACUAUCGGGCUCCAAGACGACGAGAUCUGGCCUUUAACCGGUAAGGGAGAUCCAAUUGAUGGCGUGGGCAUCGUGCAAUUGUUCGCCUGUCUGAGACAAGGCUUGACCGUGCGUGAAUGGUACGGCCGAAAUGCGAACAUGCUAGCCAACAUCGACAUGCGCCGCUUCAUCACCUUCGGCGUCAUCAAGGGCUUUCUGUACAGAGUUCACCGCUACGCGAUCAGAACCCAGAAAGGGACGGUAGGGACUAUCCCCGGCCAGAGGGGAGGGCUGGAUGACAACGAGGACGGCCAACUCCUCACACGCAGCAUGUCCAGCGAGAGACACUUUUCAGAAGCACCCUUGCUCAGUCGACGAAGGAAAAGUAAUCAUCAUCACAAUGGCGACCAGCGGAACGGGAAGGGAAGUGGAGCAGGUGAAGGUUUCCAGUUCUUGAACUCGCGUUUGAUCGAGUUCCUAGACGGCACGCAUUGCUUCGACGAGAUAUGUACCGAGCUGGAUAUUAGUGAGAAGGAAUUGAUGGAGAGGUUGAAGACGCGGGAAAUCGGCGAAGCUGUCAUCAUUUGUAGGUAA